AUGAAGUUCAAUCCCUUCGUGACUUCUGACCGAAGCAAGAACCGUAAAAGGCAUUUCAAUGCACCUUCCCACAUUCGCAGGAAGAUUAUGUCUUCUCCUCUUUCCAAAGAGCUGAGACAGAAGUACAAUGUUCGAUCCAUGCCCAUCCGAAAGGAUGAUGAAGUUCAGGUUGUACGAGGGCACUACAAAGGGCAACAGAUUGGCAAAGUAGUCCAGGUUUACAGGAAGAAAUACGUCAUCUACAUUGAACGAGUGCAGCGGGAGAAGGCGAAUGGCACGACUGUCCACGUGGGCAUUCACCCCAGCAAGGUGGUUAUCACCAGACUAAAACUGGACAAAGACCGCAAAAAGAUCCUCGAACGUAAAGCGAAGUCUCGCCAAGUAGGAAAGGAAAAGGGCAAAUACAAGGAAGAAACAAUUGAAAAGAUGCAGGAAUAAAGUAAUCUUGUAUACAGCUUUCAUUAAAAACUGUUAAAAUGAA